CCACAACCCGGUCUGGCUGGGAGCUGCCGGUGCUGCGAUUCACCGAGGGGUGGGGCUGCCCCGGGAGACCGUGCCCUGGAGACCUCAGAGCGUCGCGGGUAGAAGAGCGGGUUCAGCACUCCGAAGCCCUUCCCACCCACGCCCCGCCCGGGGUCUUGGGAUUCGACCGGGCUCCAAGAGGUCAAGACCUCGGAGCGCGCCAGCCCGCCCCGCCCCGCCCCGCUCCGCUCCGCAAGUCCGUUGGCGCUGGUGUGGCGUGGGGAAUGCGGGCGCGGCCGGGGGGCGCGGGGGGCGGCGCGCGGGGUGGUGAUCGGCGACCGGCCCCGGACGCCCGGGGAACGGAUGGCGGAGCCCACGCGCGCCGCGAAGCCGCGCUGCAGGCAGGGCGCCGGGCCAGGCGCGGGCGCCGCCGUGAAGCCCAAAAAGAAAGCUUUUUAUUUGCUGAGCAUGAAGCCCCCGAAGGACCCCGCCCCCAACAACAAUAAUAACGUGUCGUUUGUGAUCCACUGUCAACUGGGCAAGGAGAUCAAGCACAUUUGCAGCAACUGCAGCCGGGGGGAGGACCGCCGCGACGCUGAAGAAGUGGAGAGACUGGCAGCAAUGCGUUCGGACUCGCUGGUCCCGGGGACUCACACCCCGCCCAUUCGGAGGAGGAGUAAGUUUGCCAACCUGGGAAGGAUUUUCAAGCCUUGGAAAUGGAGGAAGAAGAAAAGUGAAAAGUUCAAACACACAUCAGCAGCUCUGGAAAGGAAGAUAUCGAUGAGGCAGAGCCGAGAGGAGCUGAUCAAGCGAGGAGUCCUGAAGGAAAUCUAUGAUAAAGAUGGAGAGCUCUCCAUCUCCAAUGAAGAUGACUCCCUGGAAAACGGGCAAUCCCUGAGCUCCAGCCAACUGUCUUUGCCUGCCCUGUCGGAAAUGGAGCCUGUCCCGAUGCCCAGGGACCCCUGCUCGUACGAGGUGCUCCAAGCUUCAGACAUCAUGGAUGGACCAGUGUCUGAAGAGAGUCCCUGUGCCAGUGAGUCUGGAGUCCUCCUGUCCCAAGAUCCUUCAGCCAAACCAGUUCUGUUCCUGCCCCCCAAAAAACCUGCUGCUUUCUCUGGAGACCAUGAGGAGACCCCAGUGAAGCAGCUGUCCCUUCUCAAGCAGCCCCCGGCCCUGCCUCCUAAACCCACUGCCCGGAUUGCCAACCACUUAGCAGAUCCUGGCGCCCCCGUGAAAUUGCCUUGUCUGCCAGUGAAACUGUCGCCUCCGCUACCUCCAAAGAAAGUCUUGAUCUGUAUGCCCGUAGGGGGCCCAGAGCUCUCCCUGGCAUCCUACGCGGCCCAGAAGAGCAGCCAGCAGGCCGUGGCCCAGCACCACCACACCGUCCUGCCAUCCCAGGUGCAGCAUCAGCUGCAGUACGGCGGCCACGGCCAGCACCUCCCAUCCUCCACUGGCACCUUGCCCAUGCACCCCUCAGGCUGCAGGAUGAUUGAUGAGCUAAACAAGACCCUCGCUAUGACCAUGCAGAGGCUGGAGAGCAGCUCCGAGCAACGAGUCCCCUGUUCCACUUCUUACCACAGCUCUGGUUUGCACUCAAGUGACAGUGUCACGAAAGCAGGAUCCCUGGGCCUUCCGGAAAUCAGACAAGUGCCAACUGUUGUGAUUGAAUGUGAUGACAAUAAAGAAAAUGUGCCUCGUGAAUCCGACUAUGAAGACUCGUCCUGCCUGUACGCACGGGAAGAGGAGGACGAGGAGGAGGACGAUGAUGACGACGCCUCCCUGUACACUAGCUCUCUGGCCAUGAAGGUCUGCAGGAAGGACUCCUUGGCCAUCAAACUCAGCAACAGGCCCUCUAAGCGAGAGCUAGAAGAGAAGAACAUCCUCCCCAGGCAGACCGACGAGGAACGGCUGGAGCUCAGACAGCAGAUCGGCACCAAGCUCACCAGGCGGCUGAGCCAGAGACCCACGGCGGAGGAACUGGAGCAGAGGAACAUUCUGAAGCCUCGGAACGAACAAGAAGAGCAGGAGGAGAAGCGGGAAAUCAAGAGGAGGCUGACUCGCAAGCUCAGUCAAAGGCCCACCGUGGAAGAGCUCCGGGAGAGGAAGAUCCUCAUCCGAUUCAGUGACUACGUGGAGGUGGCAGAUGCCCAGGACUACGACCGCAGGGCAGACAAGCCAUGGACCCGCCUCACUGCUGCAGACAAAGCUGCCAUUCGGAAGGAACUCAAUGAGUUUAAAAGCACUGAAAUGGAAGUCCAUGAGUUAAGUAGACACUUAACAAGGUUUCAUCGACCUUAACAGUGGUAUUACUCUUGAGUGCUCUGCUGUCUUCAAAACAUAAAUUUAUAAGAACCAUAAGUGCUGGCAUUUGUCCACUCCCCUGUUACGAUGUAAAUCUGAACUGCCUUUUUAAAAAAAGAAAAAAAAGAAAAAAAGAAAAAAGAAAAAAAGAAGCUGGAACAAAAGAGAACACAAUCAGGAUUCUAUGUGCAGGAACGCCAUGGUGACCACCACUCAGAGUUGCUGGCACCACUUCUGCUUCGGAAAGGUGUCCCAGGUUCCAGCAGGGACCUACCUGAGGAUUGUGCAGGGGCUGCCUCGUCCCCUCCAUCCAGACCCAACAGGCACCACAUCAGUUCAGUCUUCGGUGAACCUCUUCCUCACAAGGGACUGAUGCCUGAGUCCAAGGAAGCCAGGGGCAGUGGGUUUGGCAUGGGAGUGGCUAGGUGGCAGUCGUAAUCCAGCUGGCCUUCCAGACGUGGUCGGACGUACCGGCUUCAGAGGGGGGCAUCUACUUUGGAGGCCCUUGAAGAGGGCCGUGCUGGAAAGGGGGUGACCUCUCGUAGUCCCCCCCACCUUACCCUCCCGCCCUCCAGCCUUGUCUUGGGAGAGCCUGUGCUGGAGUUUUGAUCGUAAGCAUGUGUGCUGUGGGCAUAGGAAGCUGGAACUGAACAUCUACUCUGAUCCCCUGCCCAAACCCGAGCUGCCUUCCAGGAGACUCUGCUAGGGAUAGUGGCUUUGCCCCUUCAGUUCGCCUUCAUUGACCGGCUUAUGUUUGGAAAGCCGAGGGCCGUGGGUGAUCCAUUCAUAAAUGCCAUUGCUAAGGUAUGAGCUGACCAGGGGCUGGGGUCAGAAAUUCCAUGGUCCAUGUUUUUCUUUGGCCUUGUAACACACCUAGGACAGUGAUGAUGUGGCUUGGCCAUUAAUAGCUUCUGAGUACCAAUGCAUGGAGGCCAGUGCCGGGGACCAAUGUCUCACUGCCUCUGCAGACGCCUCCACUCUUCUGGCUUGGCACUUCAGAGUUUCUGCAGAGAGAUCCAUGUCUCAGAGGCCUAGCACUGGGCCAAAAGUUACCAGCCAUGACUGUCUGUGCUGUCCCUGGCUGCUUCAGUUACCCAGAGAGAGCCCCUGUCUCCUCUCCCUCCCUCCCUCCCUCCCUCCCUCCCUCCCUCCCUCCCUCCCUCCCUUUCCCUCUCUCUCUCUCUUUCUCUCUCUCUCUCUCUCUCUCUCUCUCUCUCUCUCUCUCUCUCUCUCUCUCUCUCGGGAUGUGCCUCCAGCUGCCCUGUUGAGAGAGGGCCCCAGUGGUUGUGUGCACACUGAGGAAAGGGCACCCCAGACCCCAAGGAGGUCUUCUGCAGCACUGUUUUCCUUCCUAACCGAGCUCGCAGACCCUUGGGUGCAAAAUUCUGCCCCAACCCCUGUGGUGUGCUCGGCUUUCAGAGUCAUCAUGGUUUCAAUAGGUGAGGGCUUACUCCACAACACACCCGGGAUUUAGGAAGAUACAGGCUAGCCAAGCCUGGCUAGCCACCAAGGAGUUGUCCCCUUGUCACACUAGCUGGGGUUAUGUUGCUCUUAGCGCCUGUCAUUGAGGCCAUGCAAUUCUCUGGAGUGUCCGUGGCCCGUGGCCAGUUGCUAACCCAGGAACCAGAGUUAAAGGAAAGCUUAGAUCAGCCCUACAGGUGGCACCACACAGUUGCUGCUCUCCGGGCACUGUCUGGAUGGAGCACGCCUCUGUCCAGCCCAAAGACAACUCCAUUGCUGGGUCUUUCUGUUAUGAUUUGAAUGUCCAGAGAGGUAUUCAGGGAAAAUGUGGUGGGGAUUUUUAGCGUGGCUGUAAACACAGUCUUCCCGAAAGGCUUACUGACUUUUGAAUGUGCACACGGUAGGAGGAAAGAUGCAGAAAUCUUUUCUUGAACUUCCCUAGGGUUAGAGGGUAGGCACAUGUCUGGGGUGGAGGUCCCUGCCUGGCCAGGCCUGAGGUCUGUACUUCCUCUAAGCAGCAGGUUUGCUUCUGGCUGCUGUGGUGGUCUGGCCUGACAGGCCUUCCCCAGCCAAGAAGAGCCCUAAGGAACUCCUCCCGAAAAGGCCCAUGGCUCCCUGCUGGCCUUGGCUCUAGGGCCCUUCUGAUUGCCUGGGGACAGAAGUCCCAACUCCUCUAUCUCCCCGCUGCCAGCCAGCAGCCUUCACUGUUCCCUUAAGCAUGCCCUGGGAUGGCCCUUCUCUCAUAUAUGGAAGAAAUUGGACAGAGUGUCCACAUCACUUCCUGCACGGCGCCCUUGGGCAGAAGUCACUUGCUCAGAGUGAGGGGUGUGCCGUGCACGUUCCUAAAAGGUCGGCUCCUUUGGGGAUCGCUAUUUAAAGGCCAGCCUACGUGGUUCUCACCACGGCUCAGCAGCCUCCCCAGCUGUAGGCUGGCACUUUCACUCUCCUUCUGAAAACCUGGACUCUUUAGGGAGCUGUAACCACAUGUUUUACCCACUUUAUUAGGACAACUGGAGUGACUUGAAUUGUUUCCAAAGUUGACAAUUUGACAUUAAUUAGGGGGGAAUAAAAAGAGCUAGAUGGCUUAAAACAUCCGUUUCUGAAAAAGCUACAGUUUUCAAGUUUGUUCAUCUUGAGCCUAUAUGUUCCAAUCUGAGCACUGUGGAGUUCAGGUUAGCAAGAAAGGAGAAAAUGAAAUGCAUCAGACCUUAUGGUUUUCUCUCAAAAUCAGGCAUUGCUGAACCCUGUCCCAGCGUCACUUUCCUGACAGGAGGGCCUGCCACUGACAAGCUGGCUUUCUCAAAAUCCUGACCACUUCAUUCCCCAGACACCCCCUAAGUCCUGACAGGUUUUUAGAACAUGAGCCUUUCUGCCAGAAAGAGAAACCAAACCAAGUGACAGUCAGCGUGAGGAGACGCUCCGAGUUUCUUUUUCUCCUGCUUAUGAACACGUUUGUACUUUUGGAAUGAGCUUCGUGGUGUGUCGCUUCAGAUAAAUGGGAUCCCAGGCUCUCCCUGUGCAUAGCCCGUGGGCAGGGGUCUCUGAUGACUUCUUCCUCCCAUGAGUCUGUUCCUCCCCAAGCAGGUUGCUUUCUCCAGUUGCUUCCUGGUGUCUGUAUAUAGUUUGUCUUUGUAUAGGAAUGAGUGUGUGUGGUGACCGUCGAUCCAUGCCCUCCCGGGUUCUAACUUAACAGAUGAUGGCUGUAUGAGGAAGAUGCUGUACAUAGAAUAUAAAUUAAACUGGAUCUCUGUGGCCUAGGUUUUGUACAUACAGAAACUGCAUGGUAUUUAAAUUAUUGUUUCUCUCUGA